AUGGCAGGCGCCGGCGCCCCGCCGUGGCUGGAGCGGUGCGGGCCGAGCGUGGGGAUGGUGCUGGUGCAGCUGUUCUACGCGCUGGUGGACGUGGCGCUCAAGACGGCGUACGGGCUCGGCAUGCGCCCCAUCGUCUUCGUCGCCUACCGCCAGGGGAUCGCCGCCGCCACGCUCCUCCUCGCGUCGCUCGCCACCAGGGGGUGCACGCUGCAGCCCAUGGCCGUCGGCGCGCGGGGCUUCGCGCUCCUCUUCGCGGCCUCCCUAGCCACUGCGACCGGUCAAUACUUCUACUUUCUGGGCCUCCACCUGGCUUCGCCGUCUAUGGCCAGGGCCACCACCAACCUCGCCCCCGGCAUCACCUUCGCCAUCGCCGCCGUCAUCGGGCUAGAGAAGGUGGAUAUCAGAAGCUUGAGGAGCGUCGCCAAGAUCGUCGGCACCGCCAUCUGCCUCGCCGGAGCAGCAAUCAUGGCGUUCUUCAAGGGCCCAGGGCUCCUCGGCGCAGCUCUUCUCUCGGCGACCAGUGACAGUGACUGGGUCAGAGGAGGGAUCUACCUCGUGGGAAAUGCUAUCUGCGUCUCCAUCUGGUACAUCUUGCAGGUGCCGGUCUGCAAAUCGUACCUUGAUCCUCUGUCUCUGGCGACCUGGAUGUGCUUCCUGGCGACCUUGCAAUGCGCGGCGAUGGCGCUCUUCCUGGAGCCCAACUACCUGGAGAUCUGGAAGCUUACCUCGUUCUGGGAGUUCCCCUGCAUCUUAUAUGGAGGUGUGUUCGCGUCUGGCGCCAACUUUUUCCUCCAAUCAUGGUGCAUAGCAGUCAAAGGACCCCUCUACAGCGCCAUCUUUACGCCGCUGAGUGCUGUGAUCACAGCAAUGUUAUCCACGCUCUUCCUUCAUGAACAGCUCCAUGUUGGAAGCGUCUUAGGUGCAGUUACGAUCAUCGUUGGCUUGUUCGUCGUGUUGUGGGGUAAAGCGGAUGAUACGAAGGGCAGAGAUCUCCAAUCCAGUGAUUCCAAGCAGACAGUAGAUGCGGAUUGCAUUGCUGUCAGAGUAGAGACUCGAACCAAUCUUUCAGAACCAUUGCUACCGACGACGACGGAUGCUAAUACUCAGUCAUUCUAA